CUGUGGCCCGGGGCAGCGCGCCCGGCUCCCCGCUCGCCAGUCCCGCGCCCGGACGCCCCCAGCUCCCGCCCACCCCGCAGAAGGGACCAUGAAAGCGAGAUCAGCGGGCAGCGACGGGGAUACACUGUGCAUUACCGAAGAGGAACUGGCGGGCGAAGACGAAGACAUGCCAUCCUUCCCAUGUACGCAGGAGGGCCAGCCAGGGCCCCGCUGCAGCCGCUGCCAAAAGAACCUGUCUCUGCACACAUCGGUGCGGAUUCUGUACCUCUUCCUGGCUCUGCUCUUGGUAGCUGUGGCUGUGCUGGCCUCGCUGGUUUUCAGGAAGGUGGACUCUCUGUCAGAAGACAUCUCCUUGGCCCAGUCCAUUUAUGAUAAGAAACUCAUGUCGAUACAGGAAAAUCUUCAAGGACUGGACCCCAAAGCCCUGAACAACUGCUCCAUCUGUCGUGAGGCUGGGCAGCUAGGGCAGGAGAUCAGGAAGCUGCAGGAGGAGCUGGAAGGCCUUCAGAAGAUGUUGCUGUCCCAGGAGGCCCAGCUGGAGCAGACCUCCCAGGCUCAUGAGCUGCUCUCCACCACCAGCAGUCAGAUCUCCCAGGAGAUGGGCAGCUGUUCUUUCUCCGUCCACCAGGUCAACCAGUCUCUGGGGAUGUUCCUGGCACAGGUGAGGGGCUGGCAGGCCACCACCGUGGGCCUGGACCUCUCUCUGAAGGACCUCACCCAGGAGUGUUAUGAUGUCAGAGCUGCUGUGCAUCAGAUCAACUUCACUGUGGGCCAGACCACGGACUGGAUCCACGGGAUUCAGCGGAAGACAGACGAGGAGACCCUGACCCUACAGAAGAUGGUAACUGAUUGGCAGAACUACACCCGGCUCUUCGGGGGCCUGCGCAGCACUUCCGCCAAGACUGGAGAAGUGGUCAAGAACAUCCAGGCCACCCUGGGGGCCUCCUCGCAGCGCAUCAGCCAGAACUCCGAGAGCAUGCAUGACCUGGUGCUGCAGGUCAUGGGCUUGCAGCUGCAGCUGGACAAUAUCUCCUCCUUCCUGGAUGACCACGAGGAGAACAUGCAUGACCUCCAGUACCAUACCCGCUAUGCCCAGAAUCGCACCGUGGAGAGGUUCGAGUCACUGGAGGGCCGCAUGGCUUCUCACGAGAUUGAAAUCGGCACCAUCUUCACCAACAUCAAUGCCACCGACAACCACGUGCACAGCAUGCUGAAGUACCUGGACGACGUGCGGCUGUCCUGCACGUUGGGCUUCCACACGCACGCCGAGGAGCUCUACUACCUGAACAAGUCCGUCUCCCUCAUGCUGGGCACCACCGACCUGCUCCGGGAGCGCUUCAGUCUGCUCAGUGCCCGGCUGGACUUCAACGUCCGCAACCUCUCCAUGAUCAUGGAGGAGAUGAAGGCCGUGGACACGCAGCAUGGGGAAAUCCUGCGCAAUGUCACCAUCCUGAGAGGUGUUCCCGGCCCUCCAGGACCAAGAGGACUCAAAGGAGAUGUGGGCGCGAAAGGUCCUGUGGGUGGCAAAGGACCUAAAGGAGAUCCUGGCGGCCUGGGUCCCCCGGGACCCCAAGGUCCUCAGGGGCAGCCUGGAGAGCCUGGACCUGUCGGGGAAAGAGGUCCAAUUGGCCCCCGAGGCUUCCCAGGCCUCAAAGGCUCAAAGGGCAGCUUUGGCACUGGAGGGCCAAGGGGACAGCCAGGCCUCAAAGGGGACAUUGGGCCCCCAGGGCCAGAAGGCCCCCCAGGGUCUCCAGGGCCCUCAGGACCUCAGGGAAAGCCAGGGAUUGCUGGGAAGACAGGGUCGCCAGGCCAACGGGGGGCCAUGGGGCCUAAGGGUGAACCAGGCAUCCAGGGUCCCCCUGGUCUGCCUGGGCCCCCAGGCCCACCAGGAAGCCAUACUCCCUACUGAGACAGGUCCCCUGCCGGAUGAUGCCAUUCAGGUGGGGAAAGAGGCUCAGAGAAAGCAUUCAGAAGCCCGCCUACAGUCAAUGGUGGGCUUUUGACUCAGAUAUGGGGGUGUCUCCCAGAGCUGACCCUGUAGCCUUGGGCUCCCCAACAGUGACUGUACCAUAGGAAAGUAGCCUCCUUGCACACGUGUGUAUACACACACACACACACACACAUGCACGCACACACCCCUGCUCGCCAGGGAUCCAAGUGAGUUUCCCUGGCCAGGCAGGAGGAGAGAGAAGAAGAAACGCACUCUCCUGUGACCAAGCCUGCCAGGGAAGUGGCUACCUCUGGAAGAUCUUAAAUCUCUCUCAGAUUGGUGACUCGCUCCUCUCUCUCCAGUGAUUCAAUGUCCAUACAAGCCAGAAGUUUCCUAUGGCUCCCCCUCGUUGAAAAGACCCAAGGAAAUCUUUGUGUGUGCUGUAUUAAAGCCCCUUGGACGAGCCUCUCCUGGCAGUCACGGGAACAGAGUCACGGCGGGGGGCGGGGGGGGGGGGCUGCUGCCUCUGCCCUUUCUGGGGACAGUGGGAACCGAUCCUGGAUGGUAUUCUCAGGCCUCGGGCAUUGUGCCCCUGACAAGUUUCAUUAGUGUUUGUUUGGUUUUUUUUUUUUUUAAUUUUUAUUUUACAUGUUCAAAAAAAUUCCCGGCAUCCGUCUUGCCUCAGCAUCUCAGGAGUGAUCUGGAAGAAAUCCAGGCAGGUAUUUCAUCUGCAUGGUGAGACCCUGCAGCCCUGGGACGUUCUGUCUGUCUGUCUGUCUGUCUGUCUGCUACCUGCUCCCAGGAAUGCUGCAGGGCUGGAAGUAGAAGCACGAGGUGGGCAUGCAGGUUCUCUACACGAAGCUGCCCACCUUGACUGGUAUACUGUGUUGUUAGUGGGUUUCACGGUGGUGGCCAGGGAGGACCCAUCCUUGAUAUCAGGGUGGCUGUCACCUGCUUCUGACUAUCUUCCUGCCUAGAGCCACCCAUAGACCUUAUAUGACCCCAGGAUGGCUGUAGUCCUUUCUGCAUGAAUAACAAGCCGGAUGAGACGGGAGAAGAGCCUGGACAUCUGUAAGAGGUUCCUUUGAUGUCACCUCCCACCGCCCGCCCCCCAUGAACCCCCUGCCUGUGCCAGCAGAAGGAGCACUGGGAAGAAGGUCUCUACUGGCCUGCCUCAAUAUAAAGCGGCCCCCACCUUUUUGUGCCCUGCCUUAGAAACCUGCCACCUUCCUCCUCAACAUGGAUGUGCAACUGGCUUGCACUACCCACCUCCCCCCAUGCCAUGUAACUGUCAUGUCUACAUAUGAUAUCAUGUGACCAUAAUAUUACUGACCCAGUAAAGAGCUGUUUCCAGUG